AAAAUCUUUGCAAUAUUUGGGGUUGGGGUAGGGGUGGGGGGGUAGGGGUAGUACAUAUUAAAUGGAAUCGGUGGAAUUUGGCGGCAUUGGUUCACCGUGGAAUCCCGAUACAGGUUGAUUGACUCUCUUAUAGUAAAGCCAUUUGAGAUGUCGAGUAACGGAAGCAAUUCGACCCGAGGCGAUUCCUCCUCAUCGCCCUACCUGCUUCCGCUCACCAAUUGCUUCCCACUCCACCCCAUUACUCUCGCUGGCAGCCAGAAACACGGCCGAUCGGGGGAGCUAAGGCGGCUCCUCGCCGUUGCUCUUCGAAACGGAGGAGCUUCAUCGGAGGACCAAGCUUCUGUGCCGGAGCCUCCGCCGCCUCCGGCCGUCCAGGAACUCAGGAACUUUAAGCAUAGCCUCCUAAUCGCCUCUAGGAACGCCAGGGAUAGAGCAAAAAUGUUGCGUGAGUCCAUAUUUAAAUUGGACAAGUAUAGGGGAACUUUAAGCUGUAAGAAGCGCCAAAAGCAUUGUUUCUUAUCAGACGAGAGAUCAAGUGGAGAAAAUUUCUUGAAACUGGGAAGUCAAAUUCUUCAAAGCCCAAAUGAUCAUUUAAAUAAAAGAUUUGAGGAUAAAACUCGAACUUCUGGGCUUAGGAUGAAGAAGCGCAUCCGGACAGCAGUGGUGGAUACACAGAGAUCAUUGGGAACAGAUUCCCUUUGCCAAUAUUUUUGUUUGGCCUUCAACUUUCAUGACAGUGUCUGCUGGUUCAAGCCCUUCCAGCAUUUGAUUGUGAUCUGGUUCUCUUUGAAAACCUCCCAGGCCAGUGGUCAGUCAUCUGUUUUCUCAAAGCAGCAGAUUGUCAUGCAGAAGAAUAGAGAUUUGCCGCUGGCUGUUUGUGGGGGGAAGAUUCAGGUUGUAGAAAAGAUCCGGAGGUUGCCUGUUGGAGGUGAAGGAUGGGAGAAAAAACUGAAAAGGAAAAGAUCUUCAGGAACAAUAGUAAACAGGGGUGCUAGUGGUGACCAAGAUAUGAAACAAGCCAUGCAUCCGAAGCUGAGUACUAAUACUAAAUUGCGAUCUUCUGACACUCUUAAUUUCAGAUCAAGAUCUUCAACAAGAAUGAGUGAAAGCGAGAAGUUAGAGUCGUUUGAGUCUGCAAGUGCCAAGUCUGUUGCUGCAUUGAAGAAUGAGCUGGGAAGUAUCCCUCAUCCAAGGGUUAGCACAACUAUAUCAGAGGAAAGGGUUUCAGCAAAGGGAAACAAUAAUAUUCAUGAGGAGAACCAGUCAAGUAGUCCUAACACCAUGGUUAAAGGGAAGGUUUCUCGAGCUCAUAGAACUGGUUCCAUCAUGAAUGUGGAUUCAUCCCCUCAAGGUCAUUCCUCACCUGGAGCACUUGACAAUUGGGAACUCACUACAACUGAAAACAAAGUCCUGCCAUUGGGGGCGACAAAUAAUUGCAAUCAUCCAACAUCUACAGUUGCAUCUACCCACCCCAUGGCCCAGUGGGCUGGCCAAAGACCACACAAAAUCUCACGCACAAGGAGAACGAAUCUUGUUUCUCCUGUCACAAAUAAUGAUGAAGACGACUUCUUAUCUCCUGGUUUUGCAGCAUCUGAUCUCAGUUCUAGAUUUUCUUCUCAAGGUUCAGGUAGAUCAGUACUGGCUAUUGGUAUGGGCAAUAAUAACAAAAAGGAAAAAAUCAAAAUUGAGAGUACUCCAUUCUCAACUGGAUUAUCUGAAGGCAAAGAGACAGGAGAUGGGGAAAACGAGUUGAAAGGAAAAAGAGUAGAUACAGGUGACAGUAUUGAUGGUGCUGACAAUAAUGCUCAUCCUUCUAUAUUGCUGUCAAGGAAGAACAAGACAAUUGCCAAGGAAGAAACUGGAGAUGGAAUUCAUGGUCCAGCAAGGGUUGGAAUGUUUUGUUCCUCGACUAAUCCAAAUGUCACUCAUAUGAAGGAGAAAGUAGAAAAGUUACCUAGAACAAAGCAACUUAAAAGCAUCAGGCGUGAUUCAGACAAGAACAAAAGUAAAUUUGGCUGUCCACCUUCGAAGAAUCUGAUGGAUCAAAAAAAUUUGACCAGUGCUGGGUUUAUUUUAAAUAGUUCUUCCAACUUUACAGGUGAAUCAGAUGAUGAUCGUGAAGACCUAUUAGCAGCUGCAAAUACUGCUCGUAAAGCUAGUUACCUUGCUGCUACAAGCCCAUUUUGGAAGAAAAUAGAAUACAUUUUUGCUUCUGUCAGUUCACUGGAUAUAUCAUAUCUGAAGCAACAGCUUUCUUUUGCUGAGGAGUUAAAUGAGAGUCUAUCUCAGAUGUUGGCUGAUGAAUAUAAUACUUUGGGUAUGCUUAUGCAUAAAGAAGCUCCUUUGAACUCUGUUAAAAGGUUCAGAAGCUCAUCAAAGCAAGAAGUUUUCAAAAUUGAUGCUUUGUCCAAAGGAGCUGAAAUGGGAAGGCCACUGGACAAAGAUCCUUCACUGUUUCAAAGGGUUCUUUCAUCUUUGAUUGAAGAAGAUGAAAGUGAAGAACUUUACCAGCAGAAUGAAAGCAGAAAUAUGCCCUUUCAGUGCGCAAGUGAUGAUUCACAUUGUGGUUCAUGUAACCUUAUUGAUGUUGAACCUAAAGAUAGGGACAGAAUGGAUUCUGGUGUUGAGUCAGAAGGGGAUCCACAGACUCAGAAGCACUGCUUUUUGGACAGAUUUUCUUGUAAUAAGAGUGCUUCAUCUAACACAUAUAGUAACCGAAGCAUUUCCAGUUCUUCAUGUAACAAUGAACAAUGGCAAGAAGAUGAUGGCCUGUCACACUUAGAUGCAGGACUUGUGACUAGGAACUCUGAGAUCGAUCUGAGCAUGCCACAUACUUCACAAACAAAUGCAUCUGAUAAUUCAACCUUAGACUGCCAAUAUCAGAUGCUAAAUUUUGAAGAGAAAUUAUUCCUUGAGUUACAGAGCAUUGGGUUGAGUCCAGAGCCAAUGCCUGAUCUGACAGAGGAAGAAGAAGGGAUUAAUCAAGAUAUUUUGGAACUUCAAGGAGGCCUGUUGCAGCAGGUGGAAAGACUAAAAAAUUAUUUGGGGAAAAUUGAUACAGCUGUUCAGCAGGCCAGAGAUUUGGAAAGAAGGGACAGAGAACAGGUUGCAAUGAACCAAUUAAUUGAGAUGGCUUACAGAAGACUGGCUUCUAGAGGAAGUUAUUCUUCAAAAAGGAUGAUUCGUAAGAUCCCAAAACAGGUUGCUCUGGCAUUUGUCAAGCGUACCCUUGCUAGAUGCCAGAGAUUUGAAAUUACAGGGAGAAGUUGCUUUAGUAAGCCACCUCUGCAGGAUGUUAUCUACUCUGCAUGUUCAAUUGACAAUGGCACAAAAUCUGUUGAUUGUGUUGGUUCUGGGACCGCUAGUAAUACAUACAAUGAGGCUUUCAACCAUAAAGUUGAAGCAAGGAGUUCAGUCAUUGGUGCAGUUCCCAGGAGCACUGAGAGAUCUGAGUAUAGAGAUGGCCAAGGUUCUCUUAAACAAGAAUCCUUUUUGAAUAAGGGCAAGAGAAAGGAAAUGCUUCUUGAUGAUGUUGUUGCUUGUGCUUCCCCAAAACAAUCUGUUGUAGCAAACAGCCUCCAUGGUGGAUCUGCCCGCCCAUCACUCAGCAGCCUUAGGAGUGAUCGCAAGUCAAAAACAAAGCCCAAUCGAAGAACAAAUCAUUUGUCAACUUCAGGAAAUGGACCUCAGGGGCGACUCGUGGAAGCAAAAUAUUCAAACUCCGUGUCAGUUUCUGGGCCAAAUCAAUCAGCGGCAAGCCAGGAUGUGGGACUACCUUCUCCCCCUGUUAAAAUUCGUCAGGGUUCAUUUAAAGAGGCAGAAGAACAAAUUGAUUUGGGGAACCUACAGCUAAGUGAAUUAGAUGACCUGGGCAGGCAUCAAGAUCUGAGUUCUUGGUUUAACUUGGAUGAAGAUGGUUUGCAAGACCAUGAUUCUGUAGGCCUUGAAAUACCAAUGGACGACCUCUCAGACUUGAACAUGCUUGUGUAGAAGUGAGAACUCAUAUCUUGCAUCUCGGACAUUUUUAACUGGUGUAGUGAAUUCUUUUGUGACCUCCUUUUGAGAAAGUAAUUGAAAUAUGUGGACUUUGGUUUUUUUU